AUGAAUAGUCCUUUCAAUUGUAAUCAAAUAAAUAUUAAUUAUUCUUUUUCUUUUAAUAAUGAUAAUACCAUAAAUCAAGGAACAAAAUCUCCUUGCAAGAAUUCUUUCACGCCAGAUGGUAAUAUAUCAUAUGAUAAGGAUGGUGUAGAAAAGAAGAGUUUAAUAAUUAAUGACAAGGAAGAAAAAAAUAUUUAUAUGUAUAAUAAUAUGUAUAAUGUUUUACAUAAUAACAAUAAUGAGGACAAUUCAUGUAAUUAUAUGUGUUAUAAUAUAAAUAAAAUGAAUCAAAAUGAUCAUACAAGUAUGAACAAUAAAUUAUUUAAUGAUAAAAAUAUUGUACCUUCUAAGGCAAAUAUAUAUACGAUGUGUGAUCUGAAAAGUGAACAAGAAGAAGUAAAAAAUAAAAAUGAAUGUAUCAUUUAUAAAAAUGAAAGAAUGAUUAAUAAAAAUGAAAGUAUCAUAUAUAAAAACGAAAUGAUGAUUAACAAAAAUGAAAAUGCCAUAAAUAAAAACGACAUUAUGAUUAAACAGAACGAUAAGGUGAUUAAUAAGAAUGAAAGAAUGAUUAACCAAAAUGAUAUGAUAAUCAAUCAGAAUAGUAUUAUGAUGAACCAAAAUGAAAAGAUGAUAAAUCAAAAUGAUAUGAUGAUUAAUCAAAAUGGUAUGAUGAUUAAUCAAAAUGGUAUGAUGGUUAAUCAAAAUGAUAAUAUGAGUAAGGAUGAAAUAUAUACAUAUAAUAAAAAUGAUAUGUUCAAAAAGAUAUCUUCUCAAAAUUAUGAUACAAUAAAAAGGGGAAGCAACCAAAAUUUUAAUUCCAUUGAACAUAUUCAUAAUGAGAAUAUUGAUAAUAUUAAGAUAAAUGAAAAAAAUCCUAAGGAAUACGAUAACAAGUAUAAUCAUUAUAAUAUCCACUGUGAUAAUAAUGAUCAUAUGAAUAAUAUUGACUAUACAUAUUAUAAUAAUAACAUAACAAAUAAUAAUUCAAAUAUUAAUUUGAAUAAAUCCAAAGAAGAGUUAACUAAUAAUAUAUCAUCCUCUCAUGUUAAUAAAAAAAACAUAAAUCAGAAAAGCCCUUAUGAUGGCAAUAUGUAUAAUAAUAAUAUUUCUAAUAAUAAUACUUUAGUUCAUAAAAUGGUUACAUAUAACCCACCUAAAUUAUCUGCUCAAACGUAUAGUAAUAUAAAUGAAUUAGAGAAUAAUAAAAUGAUAUAUCAUUCAAAAGAAAAUCUGGAACAAAUAAAAAAUCACAACAAUAUUAAUAUUAAUAGUAAUAAUAAUAAUAAUAAUAAUAAUAAUAAUAAUAGUAAUAAUAAUAUUAAUAGUAACAAUAAUAAUAAUAGUAACAAUAAUAAUAAUAGUAAUAAUAAUAUUAAUAGUAAUAAUAAUAGUAAUAAUAAUAAUAGUAAUAAUAAUAUUAAUAGUAAUAAUAAUAUUAAUAGUAAUAAUAAUAGUAAUAAUAAUAAUCAUAAUAAUAAUAAUAAUAAUAAUCAAUCUUGCAAUAAUGCAAGUGAUAAUACCACCCUUUUGAUGAAUCGUCAAAUAAAAAAUACAAACCAAACGUGCAGACAAAUAGAAGAGUUAAAAAAAAAUGUUGAAAAAAAUAAUAAUAUUAUUUAUAAUAAUAUAAUUAAUAAUAAUAUUAUUAAUAAUAAUAUUGUUCUUGAUAGUAUUCUAAAUAAUAAUAUAAUGAACAACAAUAUAAUUAAUAAAAGCUUUAUUAACGCAUCAAAUAAUGACAUUAAUAAAAAUAUGGUAGACAAGAUAAUAAAUCAGUGUCUAUUGAACAGUACCAAAAAAACAUGCAGUACAUAUAAAAAGGAUAAUAUGGUUAAUAUAUUACACACAAAUAAGGUAAAAAAUAAUGAGAAUAAAAAAUUAUAUACCAAUAUGAAUAAUGUUAAUAUGGAUAAUAUGGUCACUAAUUACAAUAUGAAUGAUCAAAAUGUUCAUGAUAUGAAACAUAAGGUACGAAAUGUAAAAGAAAUACAUGAAGAAAAUUAUAGUCAUGUUAUAAAUGAUACCAACAAUAUUAAUUAUAACAAUAAAAUUAAUAAUUAUAAUAAUAUCACACCAAAAGGUCAUGUGGAUAAUAAAGAUACAUAUAAUUUGAAUUCUUGCAGUAAUAGUUCUUAUACUCCUAAUUGUGUUAAUUGUAAUAUAUUAAUAAAUAAUCAUAUUGAUGUAUCAAAUGUGGAUAACAUACCACCACAUAGUCCUAUGUAUAAUCCAAUGACAAAUUUAUCAAGAGAUGAAAAACUCAGUUUGAAUAAUCUAAAUCACUUGCAGGAAAUAAAUAAUAAUGAAGAUAAUAGAAUAUACUUCAACAAUUAUGGGAAUUAUAAAGAAGAAAAUGUACAAAAUGUACAAAAUGUACCAAAUGUACAAAAUGUACAAAAUGUACAAAAUGUACAAAAUGUACAAAAUGCACAAAAUGUAGCAAAUGCAAAAAGUGUUAAUUCAUUGAAUGGCGAUAACAAUUUUGUUGCCGAUUCAAUAACACAUCAUCAAAAUAAUAAUAUACAAAAUAUUACAUAUAGUGAAUGUAAAUUUUUGGAUAAAAAUAUUUACGAAGAUAAUAAAAUACAUAAGGAAAAAGAAUAUUCUUUUUACAACAAUUCUUAUGAAACAAAAGAACAUAUGCAAAAUUAUAAAAAUAAAAUUAUAACAAAUAAUAUUAAAAGUGAUGAUAUAUCUCCUCAGUUCAAUAAUAUGUGUAAUUUAAAUUAUACAGCACAAAAUUAUGAUGAACAUGUUGUAUAUCCAAAAGAUGAUAAAAAUAAAUCAUUUCGAAAUAUACAAAUUGUACAUGAACAAAAUAAUAAUCACAAUAUACAUAUGGAAAAUAAUACGAAUGAAAAAAUGUUUAACAAAAAUGCUCAUCAUAUUAAGGAGGACAGAGGUAAGACGCAUUAUCACUGUGAAUAUAAUAUAUCGGAAGAUGUACCAACACAUAAUUAUAUGAAUAAUUUAUUAAUUAAUAAUUACAAUGGUGAAAAAUCAAAUAAUUCACAAGAAGAUUACAUUUCAAAUAAUGAGAUAUAUAAUUCCAGUACAUACAAAAAAGUAAACAUGAAUGUGAAUAAUAUGGAGAGUAGGAAUCAUUGUGGACAUGAUUUUUAUAGCCAUCAAAAAGUAUAUGGAAUACAAAGAGAAGAAGAAAGUAUAAUACCUAAUUCGUAUAAUAGGGAUAUGUACGAAGGGUGUAUGGUAAAUGGAGAUGAAUAUAAAAAUGAACAAGUAAAAAAUAAUUGUGACAUCAUACAUAAUAAUAAUAAUAAUAAUAAUAUAGAUGUAUCUAUAUAUAGUAAUAUGUCGAGAUGUCAUAAAUCAAAUAAUGAUGUAUCCAAUAUGCAUAUAACAAAAGAUAUUAUUCAUACAAACAAUUAUUCGUACACCAUAUUGAAUAACACAGAAAAUGAUAAUAAAACAAUAACUUAUGGAAAUUACUGUACAGCAAUAUUUGAUCCUGAUAAUAACACUAAAGAAAUAUAUAACGAAAAUACAAAAUCUAUAUAUGAUUAUUUAAAUACUGUAAAUUAUAAAUUAGUAAAUGAGAAACAUGUACAAACUAUAGAAAAUCAAAGGAUUGUACACACAAAUGAUGAAUAUGAUAAUAAUAAUAAUAAUAAUAAUAAUAAUGAUAAUAGUAAUAAUAAUGAUAAUAGUAAUAAUAAUGAUAAUAGUAAUAAUAAUGAUUAUAGUGAUAAUGAUAAAAUGAAUACUUUUUUCAAUGAUCACCAUCCCAUGCAUAAUACACUUUCGCAUAUGAAUAAUGAAAACAAUUAUAAUAAGAAUAUAAUAAUAAAAGAUAUAUAUAAUACAUCACAAAAUACAGAAAAACAAUUUUUAAAAGAACAAAAAUUUGAUGACAGUUGUGUUAAUUCAAAUAGGUUUUGUCAUCCAAAUGAUUCUUCAUCUCAUUGUAUUUUAAAUGAUACAUGCAUAGAAAAAAAUAGGAAAAAAAAUAAAACACAAGAAAUAUAUUGUAAGAAUAAUAAAAUACAUAAUAUAGAGGAUAGAGAAAAUAUUAAUGAUUUUAAUGAGGAAUUUUUUUUUCUUAAGUUAUGGUUAUCAUCAUUUAAUAUAGGUAAAUCGAUACACUGCAAAAAAUUAAUAUAUAUAUCGGGUGAUAAAAGAUAUAUGAGAAAAAGGAAUAAUCAAAACAAAACGUAUCCAUUUAAUUAUAAUGAACCAUUUUAUUUUAUUUACAAACCAAAUAAAGACAUGUCUAUGGAUCAUAAUAAUAAUAAUAAUAAUAUACGUUUGAAUAAUAUUAAUAGAAAUAUAAAAAAUAGUCAAUUAAAAAAUAAUUAUGAUUUUGUAAAAUAUUCAUCUAACCUUAAGGAUGGUGACCAUUCAAAUAUGAAACAUUCACAGGAUAUUCAAAAUAUUGUCAAUACUUCAAAACGUGUUGAAUAUAAAAAUGAUAACAAUUGUUUUAAUCAAAGUAUUAUUAAUAAUAAUUAUCAUACUAUUGAUAAUAAUAUGAAUGUUAAUAAAAACGUUAUUUAUGAGGGUAUGGAAGAACCUAAUUAUAAUAGAAUAGUAGAAGAAAAUGAAAGUAUUAAUAACAUAAAUAUGAAUUAUAAUAGAUACCAUAGUAUACAAAAUACAUAUAAUAAUGAUGAGAAUCGAGAAAUACAUAUGAAUAAUUCUGAUGAUAAGAAAGAAGGAAAUAUAUGUUAUAUACCAUCCACAUUAAAUAAGGAUAGCUUUUGUUCUUUUACAACAGUUAGUUCUACUCCUGAAUAUGAAAUAAAUAAAAAUUUAAAUCAGUUAGAAAGUUAUAUUAAUGAUUUAUAUACAAAUGGAAAUUUUGAAAAUGAUAAUAAUAUGGGCCCUAAAUUAUCUAAUAAUUUAUGUAAUAAUAAUGUAACUAUCAAUACAAAUAAUGUGAAUCCAAAUUUAGAUGGAAACAAGAAAAACAUGAAAACCAAAAAUUAUAUGGAUACUUUUACAAAAAUAACAUUAACAAAUGAAUCAAAUAAAAACAUAAGAAAUAAUAAAAAGGAUAAGAUAAGUGAACAAAUGAUAUCACCAUUUAUAAAAGAUGAUAUUAUAAAACAUAAGCAAUAUUGUAUAAACAAUGAAAAUUAUAAUAAUUUACAAUUGGAUAAUAAUAAGCAAUCAUUACAAGUAGGACCUUAUAUGAGUAACGAAAAUGAUUUAAAUGAUACAAAUAUAUUUAAUAAUAAAAAUAAAAAUAAUAAAAAUAAUAAUAAUAAUAAUAAUAAUACUAAAAAUAAUAAUAAAAAUGAUCAAUUAGGCAACCAAAACAAUUUUUCUUCUUCAUAUACCUUAAAUAAUAUGAAUGAUAAUAUGUCAUAUUAUAUGAAUAAUAAUAAGAAAGAAAAGAAUAUAAAAAAUAAUGCAAAGAAAAUAAAUCCUGUUGUGAAUAAUAUAAGAGAUAAUGUUGUAACUAAUAUUACUAAUUAUAAUGAUAAAACCAUAAAUAAUUAUCAUAAUAAUAAUAUAUACAACGAAGAAGACUUAGAUUAUAAUAAUAUUAAGUCUGUAGGUUACAAUGAUGAAUUAUUGGACGAUGAUAAAAAUAUACCAAAAAUAACAGGUGUUAGUUAUGAUAGGAAACAAAAAAUAUGGGUAUCUCAUUGGAGAGCCAACUGUAAAACUAUACAUAAAUAUUUUUCUGUUAAAAAAUAUGGAUUCGAAAAAGCUCGUGAGCUAGCUAUCAAAUGUAGAGAAGAAAAUGUGAAUUAUAUUACAACGAAUAGUAUUCUAAAUAAUAACUUUACAAAACAUGCAUUUCCCUUGCUUAAUAAUAUUUUAAUAAAUAACAAUAUAAACACAUCUGAUUUAAGGGAUUUUAAUUCUUGUGAUAAAUUAAAUGAUCAAAAUCUUUGUAGUAAUAGUUAUGAUUUAUAUGAGUCACCCAAAAAAAAGAGAAACAAUAUAGAUGAAGUAAGAAAAAAUGAUAAUCAGGAAAAAAAAAAAAAGAAAAAAAAAAUUAAUCAUAAUAUUAGUGAUAAUAUGAAUUAUUAUCUUAACGACGCAAAUUAUAAUGAUAGUCAACUAAGUCAACAUAUUUACCAUGUUAAUCAUAAUCUUAAUGAUAUUUAUCAUAAUGAUAAAUAUAUAUCAACCAUAGGAAAUAAACAGAAAAGAGAAAAUAUCUCUUCAGACACAUACAAAGACAAGUAUGAAAAUUUCCAAUCUUAUGAAAAGCACCAAGACUAUAAAAAUGAUAAAGAAAAAAUAAAUAAUCAAUAUGUCUUACCAAAUAACAAUACAGAUAAUUUCUCUGAAAAAAAUAUUGAACAUAUUUAUUUGAAUACACAACACAAUUAUAUAAAUACUAAUCAAGGCCCAUUGAUACCAUAUGAACAAGAAAAUAAUAAUGAAGAAACCCAAAAAAAAAGGAAAAAGAAAAAACAAAUUCCACAAAUGUUAGAAAUCAAUAAAAACACAAAAAAUGAAAUACAAAAAUUUUCAGAAAAAAAUAAUAAUGAAAUAAAUAAACAAAUAUAUACCGAAUUAUUAAGUACACAGUUAAAUAAUAGUAUAAAAUAUAUUAACACCUUGAAUAACCCAUCGCUUAAUAGCAAUAAUAAUAUGAAUAGCACUUAUAAUCAUAUGUCAAAUAAAAAAGAUCAACAGCCACAAAUGAAAGACAUAAUGAAUUAUACAAAAGAAAAAUUUAAUAAUAACAAUUAUGAUAAUAAUGAUGAAUAUAAGAAAAAUCAUCCAAAAAAUUACCAGAACAUUCAAAAUGAUAAUAAUGUGUAUAACAAAUGUAUAAAUAACAAACAAAUAUGUAGUAGUAAUAAUAACAAUCAUAAUAAUAGUAAUAAUAAUAAUAAUAAUAAUAAUAAUAAUAAUAAUAAUAAUAAAGGUACCUAUUUGAGGGAAGAACAUAAUUCAAAUAAUCACUUACAUUUUAAUCAUAAUUAUUAUAAUACCAUUGAUAAUAAAAAUGAUAGUUCUUACCAAAAUUUUGAUCAGAAUAAGAAUACUUUUAAUAAUUCAAAUAAUUACAAGUUAUCCGAUUAUUUUAAAAUAAAUGAUUCUUCUACAGCUAGUGUCGCAACUUCUGAUAAUCAUUAUAAUACAAUGCACAAAAAUGAAUUAACAGAAAACCACGUUGAUAAUAUGGAUAAUAAUAAAAAUAAUAAUAAUAAUAAUAAUAAUAAAAAUAAAAAAAAUAAUAAUAAUAAUAAUAAUAAUAAUAAAAAUAAUAAUAAUUAUUAUUAUUAUAUUAAUAAUUAUAAUCGUUCUACGCAAGGACAAAAUAAUAAUAACAUAACAAGAAAUAUGAACAAUAGUAAUAAUACAUACAACGAAAUAAAUCAUGUAUAUGAUAAUAUCCUAAGUAAUUGCUCAUAUAAUAAUUUACAUAAAAAUCAAAAUAAAAUAAUGCAAAAUAAUAAGGACAUAAAUAAUAAUAAUAAUAAUAAUAAUAAUAUUACGACUAAACAUAAUUACCACUUUGAAAAGAAUAAUAAAAAUUUUAUUGUUCCCAUACAAAAUAAUCAACAUUUUACAAAUCGAGAAAUCCCCAUAAAAAACGUACACUUAAAUAAUAAUCAAUAUGUAAAUAAUAACCACCCCACAAAAAAUUAUCAAAAGCAAUCACACUUAUUUGGUAAUUCCAAUUUUCACAUGAACCAUUAA